UUAUACUCAAUGCAAGGUGGACUCAAUGUAUCUUUACCACAGGUGACAGUAUCUGCCAUCUACUCUUAUCACAUUUUAAAAAAUGGCCGUUAUUUUUAUUUACUUUGAGGUUUUUUUUUAUCAAAAGUCUGUUCAGUAAAAUAUACAAACUACUAACUAGUGAUAUUAAUUAUUAUUAGUCAACAGUCAACUGACAACUUCUAAUUAUUGUUAGUUGCUUUGGCAAUACGGUAUUCUUGAACUUUACUGAUCGGGGUUAAAUGUAAUUUAUUAUUUUUUUUAACAAUAACGUAAAAUAUAUAUAUAUAUAUAUGUAUUUUAUUGCCUAAUAAUAUGUUUUGAGUGGAAUGUGUAUUUAAAUUUUUAAUCGUUACUCUUAUUCUUAUAUUGUAAACGUUCAAAUAUUGUAUACAUGGCAUCAGCAUUCUUUAAGCUAACGAAGUAAUCUUUAUGUUAUUUGAAUUGAAUUGACAACUAUAUACGAAACAUGAACGAGCAUGUAGAGAAUGAACAUUAUGAUUCCAUCAGGUAUCAAUUAGAUACCCUUGGCUAUCGACAAUAUAUGCCACCAGACUCUGCAGAUCUUGUAGGUCAAUUAGUUGCAGAUUUGUUACACACUACGGAUAGUUUAAAACAGUACAAAAAUAUAGCACAAAACUCAUUAGAAGUUGCUCGCAAUUUGGAAGCAAAGUCUACACCAUAUGUACGAGAUAAUUGCUCUCUUAUUCAAGAAUGUAAAAAACUACACACAAAACUCAAUGAAUUAUGUGAAAAUGAAAAAGUACUCAAAAACAAAAUCGGGGAUUUACAAUGUGAAAAUGAUGAAGGAAAAAUUGAAAACCAGAAACUUAAGCAACUUAUUAUAGAUUUAGAAAAUGAAGCUGUAUCAAAAAAUGCUAAGCUUCUAGAACUAGGAAACAUGUUUCUUGUACCACAAAUUGAAUUAAAAAACAAAGGGUUUCGACCAAGAAUACAAAUUGAUAAUAUGCAAGAAGAUUGUACAAAAAGUGAAAAUGAAAUGUUAAAAAUCCAAGUAGAAGAAUUAAUUAAAGAAACAACUCGUUUGAAAAAGAGCAAGUCAUCAAAAUUCCAAAAUAUAAGAUCUAAAAACUGUGAUGAUAUGUAUACAGACAUUAAAGCGGAUAAUGAAGUUUUAAGAAGACAGCUAGAUGAAGCGUUAGCUAACCAUAAUGAAGCUAUGUUUCAUUUAACAAGAGUGUCUGAAGAAAAAAAGUCACUUCAGCAUACUCUGAAUGAAUAUCUUGCUAAACAUUGUCAUUGUGAAAGAGACUCUAGUAUUAUUAUGGAAAACAAUAUGUGUUUAGAAGAUUUGAAAAAAAAAAUACAUAUUUUAGAAUCUGAAAAAACCGAGUAUGAAAAAAAAAUUAAGACUAUUUUAGACGAUCAAAAACAAUUAAUAGAUAAAAUAAAUGACUCAAAAAAUAUUGAAAAUGAUUUAAUGUCUGAAAUUGAAAAGCUGUCCGAAGAAAAACAUUUACAAGCCCAAAAAUUAAUAAAACUUGAACAGGAUCUAAACAAAUCAAAACGAAAAGAUUACGAGACGAAAUCUGAAAAAGCAGUAAAAUCUCAAAGAGAUUCUUCGCCACAUAAUAAGAGGAUAAAUGAUUUAGAAAUUACUAUUAGUAAACUACGAGCAGAGCGUGAUGAACAUCUUUACGAAAUAAACUGUUUAAAGAGACAACAUCGUAAUCAAAUAAUUGAUUUAAAUAAGAAAAUUGAAGAUAUGCAAAGAGAAACACAGGAUACAUCGGAAAAAAAAUUUACUUUACAACUUCGAAGAGAAAAGGACGAAUGUACAGAAGAGAUAAUUUGCCUAAAAAAAGAAAUACAGUUCUUAAGUAACCAGUUAAAAAAAACUAGAGAUUCUGUUGAAAGUAAUGAGUACAACGAACGUGAGUAUGUUAAACGUUUAGAAAACGAAAAACAUCAGUUGAUUGAAAAACAACGUUCACUCACAUGGGAAAGUGCCAAUAAGCAGCGCGAAGCAGAAAAAUAUGUAAGAGACAUUACUCAUAUGAAAACUGAAUUGAAAAGACAUAAAGCUAUCAUUGAUGAUCAAAAAUGUUCUCAGGAUCGACUUGAACGUGCAUUGCAAUCCACACAAUUUGCACAGAACGCUAUUGAAGAACAGCUAGAAAGAGCACAUAAACGAAUAGAAGAACUAAAACAUUUAAAUAAUACGCUUAAUGAUAGGUUGAUGAAUGAAAAACAAGAGAAGCAUAUGUAUCAUGAUUCUAUUGCUGUAACUGAUCAUCGUCAUGAAACGUUAGUAACUGAAUUGGAAAAGAAAACCAAGCGUAUCGCCUUCCUUGAUGGAUUGGUUAUGGAUAAAGAACAAGAAAUUGCCUCUUUGCACUCUAAACUUAACGAUGCUUCUAAAAAAAUUGGAAAUGCUUUGUAUUCUCAAGCAGAGAGCGAAAAAAUGUGUGAUCGUUUAAAAUCUGAACUUUCAAAUAUUAAAAUGGAAUACAAAAUUGCUGAAAGUAACACUGGUAGCCGAGAAAAAGAAAAAAAAAGAUUACAGAACGAUUUAGAUAUGGUAAUGCAGGAUAACAAAGGUCUGCGUUCAGAAUUAGAAUCAUCAAAAAAACAAACGGAAGAUUUAAAAAUGCAAUUACAAGUAUAUGUAUUAGAAAUAAGACGUAUAGAAGAGAUGCUUGAGCUUAAAGAAUCUGAAAGAGAUGAAAUAUUAGACCAGUUCAAGCAUCUCAACUGUGAAGCAACACAACUAGAGAGCAAUAAUCAUAGUUUAGAAAGUGAAGCAAGAUCAUCCAAGACUCUGCUUAGAGAAAAAGAGCACCAAGUGUCUGAUUUAGAGCGUAAACUUUUGGACAAAGAAGAGCUUAUAUCUAGCUUUGAAACGCAGAUUUCAGAAUUAACUCAUCAAGUUGUAUCGUUAGAAUCUCAAUUGACUAUUGGAAAUGAUCGUAUUAUUAAACUAGAACAAGAUUUAGUUGCUUGUCGGAACAUAUGCUCAACUGUAGAUUCAGCUAAGAUGACUCUUAAUGAGCGUCUUUGUCAUACAGAACAACUGCAGCAUAAAGCCGAAGAGGAACGCCUACGCCUUACUAGUGAACUGUCAUUUGUUAACACUCAGUUAGAAAGAGAACGUUCGAAAAUAGCCACUCUGGAAACGGUAUUAACUGAUUCAAGACAAGAAUGUAUGGAACUUACUAUUAUUAAAAAUGAUUUAACAGAAAAAUUGGAAGAGAGUCAACAAAAAUCAAAAACUCUUACAGAAUUAUUAGAAAAAACCAAAACUGAAUUAAUGAAUGCUCGUUCUGAAGUAGCUGCUUGCGAACAUGAAAUAAGCUUGUUGAAAAGACAAUUGAAUGAUGUUAAAUUUGAGAAAGCUAAGCUGGAACAAUCCAGAAGAGAAAAUCACAGUACAACUUUAUGAUUUAUAGAGUAACACAAUUUAAUGAUAAUGCAUUAAUGUACUUUUAGUAUUUUUAUUAAUGUAUGUACUUGAAAUUUAGGUUUCAUUAAUUAAAUAUGUAUAUUUUAAUUCUGUAUUAUAUCACAAACUCGUUUUAAUAUAAUUUAGCUAUAGCCAUUUGUAAGUAUGAUUUUAGAUUUUUUGUA